AUGUAUUAUAUUAAUCAAUGUGUUUUGUUUCCAGAUUGCCUGUUUAGGAUAUGUCCUAUGAACCGUUACUCCGCCCAGAAGCAGUUCUGGAAUACAGCGAAACAGUCGGCAAACUCUAACACAGAUACCGGCCUGUUGAAGAGGUUACAUCAUGCCGCUGAGAUAGAGAAGAAGCAGAAUGAGUUGGAAAACAAAAAGCUAUUGGGCACGGUCGUGCAGUACGGCAGCGUGGUACAACUGCUGCACGUCAAGUCCAACAAAUACCUUACUGUCAACAAAAGGUUGCCCGCAUUGCUCGAGAAGAACGCGAUGCGGGUGCAUCUGGACGCGAACGGGAACGAGGGCUCCUGGUUUUAUGUUAUGCCUUUCUAUAAACUCCGGUCGACUGGCGACAACGUGGUGGUUGGCGACAAGGUGAUAAUGAACCCUGUCAAUGCCGGCCAGCAAGUUUUACACGUUUCCUCCAACCACGAACUGCCCGACAACGCUGGAUGUAUGGAGGUAAAUGUGGUAAACUCAUCAACGUCAUGGAAGGUGACGCUAUUCCUGGAGCACAAGGAGAAUCAAGAGGAGAUCCUGAAGGGCGGCGACGUAGUGCGUCUCUUCCACGCGGAGCAGGAGAAGUUCCUCACCAUGGACGAGUACCAGAAGCGGCAGCACGUGUUCCUGAGGACCACGGGCAGGUCCAGCGCCACAGCCGCAACCAGUAGUAAAGCGCUGUGGGAGAUUGAGGUAGUACAACACGACCCGUGUCGUGGUGGAGCUGGCCACUGGAACUCGAUCUUUAGGUUCAAACAUCUCGCCACGGGACACUACUUGGCCGCCGAGGCGUGUACCAGGCCCCCUGACGCGCAGGUGGAGCCGGGCGAGCCCGCGUACCAGCUGGUGUCGGUGCCGCACUCGUCGGAGAUCGCCACGCUGUUCGAGCUCGACCCCACCACCAUGACGCACUCCGACGCGCCCGUGCCGCAGAGCAGCUACGUCAGGUUACAGCAUCUAUGCACGCAUACAUGGGUGCACUCGACCUCCAUACCCAUAGACAAGGAAGAGGAGAAACCCGUCAUGUCUAAAGUGGGAUGUUCCUUAGUCAAAGAGGAUAAAGAAGCGUUUGCACUCAUAUCGGUGUCGCCGAGCGAAGUGCGAGAUCUGGACUUCGCGAACGACGCGUGUAAGGUGCUGUCUGCUUUAUCCACCAAGCUGCAGCACGGGAACAUCGAGAUCAACGAGAGGAAGGCCCUAACCUGCCUCCUUCAAGACAUAGUAUACUUCAUAGCGGGUUUCGAGAAUGAACCCAACAAGUCGGAAGCCUUAGAUCUGGUGGUGGAGAACCCUCACAGGGACCGACAGAAGCUGUUGCGGGAGCAGUACAUACUGCGACAGCUGUUCAAAAUAUUACAAGGGCCAUUCCAAGAGACAGAGGACGGCGAGGCGUUCCUCAAGAUUGAAGAGUUGUACGACUCCCGCUACGCGCCCUACAAGUACAUCUUCAGACUGUGCUACAGGAUACUCCGGCUCAGUCAACAGGACUACAGAAAAAAUCAAGAAUACAUAGCGAAACACUUCGGUUUCAUGCAAAAACAAAUCGGCUAUGACAUACUGGCGGAGGACACCAUCACGGCGCUGUUGCACAACAACAGGAAACUGCUCGAGAAGCACAUCACCGCCUCAGAGAUCGAGACGUUUGUCGGUCUAGUGCGCAAGAACAUGAAGACGUGGCAGUCCCGUUUCCUGGACUACUUGAGCGACCUGUGCAUCUCGAACAAGAAGGCCAUCGCAGUGACGCAGGAGCUCAUCUGCAAGAGCGUGCUCUGCGCCAACAACUCCGACAUACUCAUCGAGACUAGAUUAGUAUCAGUAAAAUACGGAAGAAAAGGCAAGGCGUCGGCUGCCGAAGACGCCAACAAACAUUCCAUCGAACAGAAAGUCAUGUUACUGUGGAACAAUAAGAAGAAUAAAUGUUACCUCUCCGACCUGGCGGCGGAAGCUCGCAUGGACCCGAGCAGCGAGGCGGCCGCCAUCCUGGACUACUACAGACACCAGCUGGACCUGUUCAGCAACAUGUGCCUCAACCGGCAGUACCUCGCGCUCAACAGCCUAUCGCCACAACUGCAUAUAGACCUGAUAUUAUUAUGCAUGUCGAACGCGUCGCUGUCGUACGAGGUGCGCGCGUCGUUCUGCCGCCUGAUGCUGCACCUGCACGCCGACCGCGACCCGCAAGAGCCCGUCACGCCCGUCAAGUACGCGCGCCUCUGGACCGACGUGUGCGACCGCAUACACGUGCACGACUACCAAUGCGUGAAAGGAGGUCCGGACGCGAACCGGGAGAAGGUAAAGGAGCAGUUUGCGUCCACCAUCCGCUUCGUGGAGGACUACCUGUGCAACGUGGUCACCAAGACGUGGUACUUUGGCGACCACGACCAGAACAAGCUGACGUUUGAAGUGGUCAAACUCGCUAGAGAGCUUAUAUACUUCGGGUUUUAUAGCUUCAGCGACCUGUUGCGGCUGACAAAGACGUUGCUCAGCAUCCUGGACUGCGUCACGGCGAUGGACCUGCUCAACGAGACCAAUGCGCUGUCUGGAGAAGUGGAAUCCGAAGGCGGUGUUCUUCGGAGUAUAAGCGACAUGGGCGCUGUUAUGACUUCCAUAACACUCGGCUCUGUCGCUAGAAAUCAGGUGGGCCCCGGCAGCAGCGGGUCAGGGGGCGCGGGGCUACAGCGCAGCGCCUCCGCCCUGGUGUUGGCGCGGGAACACCCGCUCGUCAUGGACACGCAAGCUAAGAUCAUCGAGAUAUUGCAGUUCAUCCUGGACGUGCGGCUGGACUACCGCAUCAGCUGCCUGCUGUCGAUAUUCAAGAAGGAGUUCGAGCAGGCGGGCGAGGCGCGAGCGCGCCGACUCGCGCGCGCUGACGUCGAGGCCAUCGGGCUGCAGGCCGAGGGCAUCUUCAGCUGCAGAGCUAUACAAACAGUGCCAGAGAGCUGUCUACCAAAAAAUGUAGAUUUGGACGGGCUGGACCUGGACUCGUGCGGGGGCCGCAUGGUGCUGCGCGUGCUGCUGCAGCUGUGCUCGCAGGGCGCGUCGGCGGCGCUGGUGUCGGGCGCGCUGGCGCUGCUGUUCCGACACUUCAGCCAGCGGCAAGAGGUGCUCGCCGCCUUCAAACAGGUCCAGCUACUGGUAUCAGACGCUGACGUGGAGUCGUACAAGCAGAUCAAGGCUGACCUGGAUCUACUGCGGCAGAGCGUCGAGAAAUCUGAGCUGUGGGUGUUCAACAAGGGCCGCGCGGUCAUAUACUGGACGAACACACUGGUCCAACAGGUAAUGUGGGUCCACUGGGCGGUGCUGGAACGCAACGCGUCGCUCGACAACGUCCUCGACACUUCUAGAACGGCCAAGCACGACCACAACGAGUAUAAGAAGAUUAAAGAGAUCCUGCAGCGCAUGAUAAAGUACUGCACGCAGGGCAACAGCGGCGCCGAGCCGGGCCGCGCGCCGCGCCGCCACGAGCAGCGCCUGCUGCGCAACAUCGGCGUGCACAACAUCGUGCUGGACCUGCUGCAGGUGCCUCACGAUGAAGACGACGCGGCGAUGGACGAGCUGCUAGCCCUGGCUCACGAGUUCCUGCAGAACUUCUGCCACGGCAACCAGCAGAACCAGGCGCUGCUCAAACAUCUCGACCUAUUCCUCAACGCUGGGAUUAGAGAAGCGCAAACCGUGUGCGCAAUAUUCAAAGACAACCCGACGCUGUGCUCCCACGAGGGCAACGAGAAGGUGGUGGGUCAUUUCGUGCACUGCAUCGAGUCGCGCGGCCGCCGCCCCGCCUACCUGCGCUUCCUGCAGACCAUCGUGCAUGCCGACACGCAGUACAUCCGACGCAGCCAGGACCUUGUCAUGCAGGAGAUGGUGAAUGCGGGCGAAGACGUGCUGGUGUUCUACAACGACAAAGUAUCAUUCAACUACUUCAUAGAGAUGAUGAAGCAGUACAAAGCAACCAGCGAGAUGCCGGAGCCGUUGACGUACCACAUCCAGCUGGUGAAGCUGCUGACCUGCUGCACGAUGGGCAAGAACGUGUACACGGAGAUCAAGUGCCACUCGCUGCUGCCACUCGACGACAUUGUCUCCAUGAUCACGCACUCGCACUGCAUACCGGAG